AUGGAUACUGGCAACCUCUGGAACCGCCGCACAAACACCAGUACCGGUGGCAAGCUUUCUCUCUCAACCCCGGGUCAAGGGUCCAGUGGUGAUUCCUUUAGUCGCAAUGCUUCUUUCUCCAAGCGCCAGGGCGGCGAAACUCCGUCGUCGAUCAAACCGAACCCGUUCACCACCACACCUGGAGGUCUAGUAUCACCCACUGCAGGUGCAUCCAGUGCCUUUGGCCUAGGUUCCGGAGCCUUUGCGUCGUUUGGGUCGGCCAAGACCCCAAAGACCUCGGCGAAUCCCUUCGAUACGGCCAUGGCAUCGGCAGUUGCCAAGUCAGGCACCAAAGACCCUUCCAAGGCUGCUGGCAAGGUUUCUGGCAUGGCCGCGAUUUCCGAGAACAACCAGUCUGGGAACCUCACACACGCACUGAUAGAUUCGUGGACAUUCUGGUACCGACCUCCGAUCUCCAAGGCACACGGCUUCAUCGAGUACGAGCAGACAUUACACGAAAUCGGUACUGCACGGACGGCGGAGGACUUCUGGCGCAUCUAUUCUCACUUGAAGCGCCCUUCCACACUUCCCGUCGUUUCGGACUUCCACCUGUUCAAGAAGGGCAUCCGCCCAAUAUGGGAGGAUGACGUGAACAAGAAGGGCGGUAAAUGGGUGGUGCGGAUGAAGAAGGGUGUGGCCGACAGAUACUGGGAAGAUCUUGUUCUCAACCUUAUCGGUGACCAAUUUGGCGAGGCUGGCGAGGACGUUUGUGGUGCCGUGUUGAGUGUGCGUAAUGGCGAGGACAUUCUCAGUAUCUGGACUCGCACCGAUGGUGGUCGAGUGAUUAAGAUCCGUGACACCAUGAAGCAUGUCCUCAAUUUCCCACCCAACACGCGCGUCGAAUUUAAAAGUCACGAUUCCAGUAUCCAGCAACGGACAGCUAUCGAAGAGCAGCGCCGUGAAAAAGCUAGCCAACACCAUCACCACGAGAAGCGUCACACUGCUGGGACUUCAAAGCAGACAGGAGGAGAAUCCUAG